CAUUUCUCCAUCACACUGAAGACACACUAGGAGAACCCUGACAUACAUCAAUGGAAAAUGGUGUGUACUCUCAGUGGGGUUGGUGGUGCAAGCAUUAUAGAAGUAAAGCCAUUAACAUCAAAGUUACACAGAAAUAGACUUCCGAAAGAGUAAGCAUGCUCUGGUUUUGAGCAUAGGAAUAAAUGCUAAUAGUUAGUUUUCAAAGGCAACUUUAUAGCCAGUUAAGUACAAGGAUAAAAGGGGAUUUCGUAUUCUGUGCCUUAAGAAACUACACCUAGAUUAUGAGGUCUUUGCGUUUGUCCCUCUUCUCUUUCGUUCUUAGUCACCAACCUGUACUAAGGCCUCUCAUUUCCUUUCUGAAGUCAGAAGCUUUUCAUCUGGCUCUGAUGCACAUGUGAGCUCAUCUUCCUCCCGCUCUUGAGCUUGUACCAAUUCUGUGAAGAAUGUUUAGAUUUUUCCAGCCCUCUUCUUUCUAAAUUUGGAUUGUCCCUCUUUACACACUCAUGAUUUGGAAAGAAUGCAGCACAGUUAUAAUUGAUGAGGGAUCUUUCCCCACCCCCAGCUCUUCAGCAAACACGUUGCUUCUGACAGAUCUGGCCAUGCUCCCAGACCACUUGCAACCCUGCAGUGCUGUAGAGAGCCUGGAUCUUUCAUGAGCAUAUCACACCAACCCAUUUCCCCUCCACUCCAUUUCCCCAUUUUCGGCAAACUCGUUUAUUUUCUUUGCCUCCUGUGGGUUGGAUAUCCAGGAAGGGCCGCUGUCUACAGCUGUGGAGAAAUACUCUCACAUUCGUGUGACACCUUAGGAGCCAAUAUAUGUGUUGGGCCAUUUAACUUUCCCAUUUGUUUAUGCUGAGUUGUUUAAUAGUGCCUGAUGAAUGAACAGCAACAGGGCCCCAGUUUUUAUAAGCAGAGUAUGUGUAACGGAAAUGGUUGAACCACUACCAUCAGAAUGAAUAGUUUGUUUUAAUUUCUCAAACAGGCCCAUAGGUGUUCUUCUUUGGAGUCUAUUAAGAGAACAAACUAACCAUGGGGUUUCAGUAAAAGUUAAGUAAUAGGUUAGAAAGCAGUAGAGAAGGGUACCACAAUUCCAAUAUAACUUUUAGAUAUAUAGUCAUCUCCCCAGCAAUCUAGAUUGUUGAAAUCAGUUGAUUAGUUUUGUUAAAGUGUUGGGUUCUGAUGCAGUGGUGAGUUUUGAAUUUUAGGAAUUCAUCAUAAUGAUCACCCAUAUCAGUAUCCCUAAGAAGGGUCUAAAAUGCAAGCAAGUCUUCCUUUCUGUUCUGUAUGUGUAUAUUCCAAUAUCUCAAAAAGCAGUGUAAUCCCUCUGUAUUAAAACAGUUUGCAACCAUAUAGUCAGGAGUUGUCUGUGCAGGAGGCAAGUGCAGAAGUAUAUGAAACACCUGUUUUCUAUAGGAGCCUUAUAUUAGUGGAAUCCACCUCUUUCACCCAUUAGGGCUCCUUGAGAAAAAACUCAGUGGACAUUGGACAUAUGGCUAGCCCGCUUUCCUCAGAGGUGGAAGUGGGCAGCUGGAGGCAAAAAUAAAUCAGGUUUAGGGAGACACAGCCUGUAUUAGUGACCACAUAAUCUUACAUAAGUUGAAUAACUCUUAUCUAAAAUGCUUUGGAACCACUAUCGCUAUCUUAGCCAUGCAUGUGGCCAAUUUUGGAGCAUUUUGGAUUUCAGAAUUAUGGAUAAUUUAUUCAAACCAGAAUUCAGCAGCUAUAGUGGAUGGUGGAGUUGGGAGAGAUAAAUCAAUGCUUUUGUAUAAUUACCAUGUUUCAGUUAAAUCUGUCCAUACAAAUGUGUUAAACUGUUGUCUCAACUGGGAGAAAUCUUGACUAGGCUUUCCUUGCUGUGCAAUGCUUAAUUGGCUGGCAUGAGUGCCUUUUGGUCUUGCCAGCCUUGCUGCUUGAGGCCAUAAUGUGUAGCCGGUGCUUGGAUCAGAAAUUUCAAGGCAAAAGACUGAUUGUAAGAUAGAGAGGGUUUCAGUCAAGUAUCACAUUCAUGCUAGAGGGCAUGAUAUUUCCAGAAACUUUUCCAAUUAUGGAGGGUGAAUAUAUACAAAAAGAGAAAUACUCUAAAACUUGGCGUCCUAAUAUGAUCUACCUUGAUUUAAUAAUUUAGCCAUUAUUGUUCUCUGCACUGACAUUUAUUCUAGCUGAAGUUUGUGCGCACUGGAAAUUCUUCCUAUAGAUAUGGUUUGUUAAGUAAUUUGGAAGAAUUUUGUUAUUUCUAAUAUACAGUACAACUUCCAUAUAGCAGUCCUAUUAAGUAAACUCAAAGAAUGUGUACUAGUAUAUUUUUAAAAGAUUUUAAAUUCUUGGAGGUCACUGUUGUUAGGGGUGUCUGUUUUGGAUAAAGCUUAUUUUAGAUAAAAAUUUAAAAAUGUAUCUAAUAAGCCCAGUUUUCUAGUACUUGCCCAGUUUUCUAAAGCUCUUUCUGCACCCCACAUUCAACACUAAAUUUGCAAUAUAGGUGUCGAUUGACUUUAGAAUUACAAUUUAUCAUACUUAGAAACUAUAGCUUUUGGCUACCAAAUGAAGAAAGGGAAAAACUUGGUCUGAUUUGGUAAAAACAAUUUAGUUUGUUGCAGGAUUGCUUGCUUCAGCACUGGGCUCCUUGAAUGCUUGUUAACUGUGGGUGUUAAUGGGGUGCUAACAAAGCAGUUUGCCAGUAGCAAACCAAAGUGGCCAUUAAAUGCUAAGCUGGAGUUUAGUAUCCCAACCACCCCAUAGAUACUAAAAUCCAUGAAUACUUAAGGGCCAUUAUAUACUAUGAUGUAGUAAAAUGAUGUAAAGAUAAAAAUUAAAUUCAAGGACAAAUUGCCUUCUGCAAGAGGAAAGUCUUUACCUGGCACCCAAAUGUUGCCAUUAAGACACUGGGUUGGCCUGUCUUGGGCCGACACUCCACAAAUAGGGGAAGCUGUACUGAGGAGGUUCUAUCUUUUGUAUUUGCUCUUUACCCUGUACUUACUUAUCCAUGCUUUAUACAGUAUAAAAUUGAACUCUUUGCAACUGUGUUGCUGUGAGUUUUCCAGGCUGUAUGGCCAUGUUCCAGAAGCAUUCUCUCCUGACGUUUCGCCUACAUCUAUGGCAGGCAUCUUCAGAGGUUGUGAGGUGUUGGAAACUAGGCAAGUGGGUUUUAUAUAUCUGUGAAAUGUUCUUUUGCAACUGUUUCCCACCUCAUAAAUGUAAUAUUGUAAGGACUAAGAUUUCAAGACACAGGGCAAUAAUCACUUUCAUCUACAGAGAAUCAUGGUAAUUGAUGGCAUACCAUUUCCUACUGGAAGUUCAGGCUGAGUUCAAAGUGCCAGGGAUGAGGCAGAUCUCUAUGAUAGAGGAAAGGAGGACGGAUAAGUCCACAUCUUGGUUUAAGUCCUGAUAUUUGAUAGGACCUAUUCAUGAAUGAACAUCUCAAGAAGAAUGCAAGAAGUUUAUCUCAAUCAUGCACUUAUUCAACUGGACAUUUAACGUCACAGAAUAAAGUCCUUGCUCAAAAGCUACAAUUUAUGCAUAUUGUAUUAUGUGUUGUAAAAUAUUACCAAGGUUAAAUGCAUGAUCUUAUUGAGUUCUUUUAAGAUUAAGUGAACCCAAAAGAGCUAAUGGAUUUCAUUAGUUUUUGUGUUGAUGUGUAGCUUCAAGUUGAUUUUGACUAGGAAACACUACGGUAAAUGUAGCAGGGUUUUCUUGGAAAGACUUGUCUAGAGGAGGGUUUGCUUUUGUUUUUCUCUGUGGCUCAUGCCCCUUCCACACAGCCAUAUAAAAUCCCACAUUUUCUGCUUUGAACUGGAAUAUAUGGCAGUGUAGACUUGUGUGGAAUUUUCUGCCUUGACAUUCUGGGUUAUAUGGCUGUGUGGUAGGGCCCUCAGAGAGUCUGGUUUGCACAAGUGAGUUUCCACGGCUGAAUGGAGAUUUGAAUUCUCAAGUCAUAGGCCCCAUCUACACUGCCAUAUAAUUCAGUUUGAAACUGCAUUAUAUGUCAGUGUGGACUCAUAUAAUGCAACACUGUUUAACUGCAUUUAACUGCUAAUUGCAGUUGUGGUAGAUUUGGAAAAUUGAGUAUUUCUCUACAGGUGGAUAUCUUUUUAUAAAAGCUCCUCUGAAUAUGAGCAUGUUAAGCUGCCUUAAGUCAGUUGUCUCCUGACAAACUUAAGGCUGCCCAAUUGCUUGGUGAGACAUAUUCAGACAAGAGCCUCUCCAUUCACCCCAACUCUAGAAAAUCAACAGGUAUAAAGGCACUUUAGUUUUCAUUUACCAAAGCUCAGAGGAUACCAAAUCUGUGAAUUCCCUUCCUAUGGAAUAGCUGAUAUCCAUUUUUCCACAUGGUUAUGAACUUAAUAAGAAUUUCAAAAGAAAUGUCUUCCCAAGACAGUGAAACUGAAUGUCAAAAUAUAUAAAGAGUAUAUAUUUGAGACCAAAUGUUUUGUGUGAGAGAGAAAAUGAAAGCCAUGGUGAGUUGAGAGGCAAUAAAUAUCAUGAAUGAAUGAAAAUAUUGAUGAAUGAGUGACAAAUUGCACACAGACUCUGGAGAAAAAUUGUACUUUGUACAAGUAGGUAAGAGAAACUUUGUCUCUGAUGUAUGUGAUUUCACUGGCCAAUCAAAAUUGAUUUAGAUGUUAAGCUCAUCAUCUCCAUUGUUUUGAACUUCUGUUACAAAAGAAUUAAUUAAGUCAGAUAAGUCUUAGGAGAAAAGUGUGGAGUGUGAGGGUGACAUGGGUAUGGUUGAUUUAUAUGGGAAAUUCAUUCCUGGCACUUGACAAAACGCUUAUGAUUAAUAUCCUCUAUUAUAUACCGGUAUUACAAAACUGUUAUGCUCUUUUUGAUUAGGAUUUGUCAUAUUUUAUUAUGUUAUACUUGCUUUGAGACAACUAUGGUCUUUUUAAAAAAGGAAUAAAUAAGACAAUGGCUUCACAGCAGGAGAUUUACCCUUGAGCAUAUUGAAGAUGCAUGAUAUUUUAUUCAUGCAAAUGCAGUCUCAGUUGUUGCCUUGCUCAGAAACCUAUACAGAAAAGAACUGUAAGGAGAAAAACCUAGGCAUGCAAUCCCAUUGAAUGCUGUUAUAUAGUUUUAUUGAUUCACAAAAAGCUGGCUCUGAGAACAGUCAGUGCUGUCACUGAAGCCUAUAACAGGAAGAUUUUUUCAUUCAAUAUUUAUUUGUUUUGGCCAUUUUCCAGGGGAAGUUGCAAGUUUUUAGUUGUGCCAGGAUCGGCCUGCAGACUCUGUGAAAUAGGCUGAAGGCUUGCCUACAUCUACAGAAGCUUCUGCAAAUACCUUUAUUGUUACAAAAUUAUUUACAUGCAAAGCCAUCUGUUCAAUACAAUGAACACAUUGUACCCCAUUUUUGAAACACACAUGCACAAUUCCCCUAUAGGUUUAUGGGGAAAAUUAACGGCUGCCUGGGGAAAAGAGGAGUAAUUCUCAGGGUUGGAAAUGUCUGGCGAUCAACUACACUAGUAUGCACCUCUGGAUCAGGGCUGAGGAACCUGUGAUCUUCUAGAUCAGGCCUGUACAACAUACAGCCCAUGAACCAGAUGCAGCCUUCAAAGGCUUUCCAUGCAGCCCACAGGCUAGGUCAUGCCUCCUCGUGCCAUUUGACCGGGCUUCCUGUUUGACACUUGACUCUUCACAUGCCUGCCAUGCAUGCAAAGGACCAAGCAUCAAGGGUGAAGCUGAGGCGCCUCCCCAGAUGAGGAAAGGCCCGAGGUUCACCUUUCAAGCCCUGCCCCUCACACGCGUGCCUGCCAAGGUGCCCAACCCUGAGAAUUGCUCCCCGGCCUCUCCUCAGCUUCACUUUGUUCCCUCCCCAGCUUUGUGCGAGGGUAGGGGAAGGGCUCCCCCUCCAGCAGGGAGGGGAGGAGGUAUGGUCUGCAGAAGGAUUUGUGAGAAAUCCUGGCCCUUCCCAAGGGCCAUGUUGUGCAGGUCUGCUCUAGAUAUUAUUGGGCGUAACCUCCCAUCAGACCAAGCCAGUAUAAUCCAUGGUCAGGUAUGAUGGGGUUGUCUUUGAGCAACAUCCAGAGAGCAACAAGUUCUCAAUCCCUGCUAUAUGUAUACUUGGAAGACUUCAGAAGGGGGGACGUUGUACAAACAACAAAGAACUGACCUGAAGGCUUCUGCCCAUAACUCAGAAACUGCCUUAAUGUUUCCUAUUGAUUUACCUUAUGCCAAUAAAGCAAAUUUAUUUGUAUUCAAAAAAGUGGUGGGAUGGUCCUCAAAACCCCUAGGAAUUUGAUACUAAUAUUGAGUCAGUAUCUAUUGUUCCCUAAAUUAGAAGAUAAUAAGCAGUGAGACUAAAUACAGUAUUUGAGACUUAGCUCUGUUCCACUAUGGUGCCCUGUAUAUUCUCUGGGAGGGGUAUGUAUACAAAAUAUCACCUUUGACCUUGCAAGAGUUACAAUCUCAAGACAGGUGGGGAGUAGCCAUAUUUAAUACAUGUUUUGCUGUUCUGUUACACAAUAUUGUAAAUUUCCCAAAUCCCACCUGAUCUUGGAAAGUAAGGAAGGUCAGCUCUGAUUAGUACUUAAAUGGGAACCAUCAAUGAAUACCAGAUGCCAUAGGCCUAAGAAAAUGUUAUGAAAUUUAUGGGGCUAACAUAAAUCAACCAGCAACACAAUACACAAUACAAAAUGACAUCUUCCAUUAAAAGGGUCACUAAGAAUAGAUCUUUCCUGGGAGCAUGGCUAGUCUUUAAGAAUGAAAAUUGCAGUCUUCAUUUCAUUCUUCCACAGUAAGAUAAAGUAUCGAAUUGGUGAUGUAAAGAAGAAGCAAAACUGUUAAAAACAGUCAUUUUUCCAGAAAGGAAGAAGGUGGCUCAGGGUGUAACUGCUGAGGACAACGUAAAGGUAUUGCUCCAAAAUAAGAAAUUUUCCUUCAGUCUCCAAUUUUCUAGCAUUGCAGUAACUUAAAACUUCAACUGAGCUUGUAGAAAGACAGUUUAUGCAUCCCAAGAAAAGAAGCAGGCACCAUUCCAAGGGAAUGUGAACACAACAAAUGCAAGCGUUCUUGGUAGGAAAAGUUUUUACAGUCUUGCUCUGCAAUGAAGUGGAACUCUCAGUAGCUAGAUUUACUCCUAUAGAAUUGAACAUAUAUCCACUACAGGGCUACACAUUGCAAAUUUCUCUGAGACAUAAUCAGAUUACCUAGAAUUAAGCAACUGUAUGGCACAGGAUACAUACUUGUACUAAAGCACCUGAAUGAAUACAGUAAACAAAAUUCAGUGUAAAAAAUUGAAGAAAUGACUUGCCAAACUAAAAGUUUACUUCAUGGAAGAAAUUCCUUGAAAGAUGGUGAAGAUUAGGUGGUCACAAGAUCCAAAACACCUCUCUCACUCUAGAAAUAAGUUGUUUCUCCUGGAGAAGGUAUGGUAGUGUCUCCUUGUGGAGAGAAAAGGCGGGCUGUAAACAAACUAUAUAAUAAUGAUAAUAAUAGCCCCAAAAACUUCCCAUGAAGCCCAGCCCCUGAAAUUGAAGAAUUUCUAUGGGCUAAAUCUGGACUUUUGAUAAGCACCAUGCUGGUGCUUUAGCUUCCAGCCCACUCGCUUCCUCCACUUCAGUCUUGUGCUAUUUCUGAACAGCUGGAAAGGGGGUCUGUGUGGACAAGGCUUCCUUUCUUGGAAGGAGGUGAGAAAGGAAACUAAGAUGAGUCAGUUCAAUAAGAGAGAUAUAAGUUCUCCUGCACUGCUUGGAAGUGUGAUUGUUGGCCCAAAUCGUAAGAUUUCUCCAACUCCUUUAUUCAGAGAUCAAGAGAGAACUAGCUAGGUCAACUGAAUGUGCAAAUUGCAUUUUGUAUUCUGUAAUAUCCAGUGUAAUAAACUGUCAUCACAAGAUGUUUUUCUGGUUCUAUAAUUAUUCUUUUUGAAUGCAUUCCGCCCACUAAGCACAUACACAGCUUUUGUAACACAUGAAUAAAGAACAAGAUCCACUAGUAGUAACAGAAGAGAAGAACCACAGAGCAGUCCACAGGUUUAGGAUCCUUCCACACUACACAAUGAUAGAACUACAAGUAUAAUUCCAUUUUAGCAUUCAUGGCUGCAUGUUAUGAGAUCUUGGGAUAUGAUGUUUAGAGAGUUAUUCUAAACACCCUUCUAAACUGCAAAUCCCAGCAUUCCAUCAGAUGAGGAGCCAUAGCAACUAAAGUGAAAUCAUCAUGCUGUAGUUGUGUGACAUGAAAGAGCCCCUAAAUAUUAAAUCUGCAAAAGUACUACCCUGUUUCCCUGAAAAUAAGACAUCCCCGGAAAAUAAGACCUAGUAGAGGUUUUUCUGAAUUGCUAAAUAUAAGGCCUCCCCUGAAAGUAAGAUCUAGCAAAGUUUUUGUUUGGAAGCAUGCCCAUCAAACACAACACCAGAGUAUGCGGGAUUGGUAAAUGUACAUACCAUAGAGUGUUGUACAUGGAAAUAAUGGUAAUAACAAGAAAUUCUUGAUAGGAUUCACAGUUUGUCUGGUUAUGCUGGUUCGUGAUGACAACUACUGUACAGUAUACAAUGUUCAUUUUUUGUUCAACAAUAAAUGUGAAUUCUUCUUCAUGGAAAAAUAAGACCUAGCGCAUCUUUAAUAAUUAAUUAAUAUUAAUAAAAAUAAUAAUAUAAGACACUGUCUUAUUUUCGGGGAAACACGGGUAUGCUUUUUCACACACUAUUUCUAUGUCAGGAGAGGAAAACUUGUUAGUAUGCCUUUUCUUUUCUUAAAACUGACCUCAUAAGGGUGUGUGUAGGGAAUCAAUUCAAAGAAACCAUAAAGCGGGGAGCUCUAAAAUUGCCUUCCUUUGUACUGGAGGCUAAGCAGCAAGAUUACUGUGAUGCCUUGUUGGUACAGAAAAGAGACACUGAAGGGCUUAAGGAGAUGCCUCUUAGUAUUACACACACCUUUGAUGCUUUUCUCCCAAGUCUAAGGAGGACUUAUCACAAAUUGAACUUUCUAUCUGUGUCAAUAUGUGUGAGUGUUUGUGUGUGUGUGUAUCCAUAUGUAUGCAUGCAUGUUUGACAGUCUAUGUUGCAAGCAAUGGCUUAGUAGUAUUUUCGCCAGCACUGCUGUUUGAAUGGCAGGAGUAGGUAAACUGCAGAAACACAACUACAGACAGGUUUUUUCUUAAAGUAUCUACACACUGCACUUAGCUUUUAAAUGCUUAACAAAGUGUAGAGGAAGCCUUGACAUAAGAGAGUAGCUGUUGCAAGGAAUUUAAUAAGAUAAAACAAGUAGUGAGAUGUAUAAUAUAUAUUCUUUUACAGACAGAAAAGGAGGCUUUGCUGUGUAAUUCAGUGUUGUGACCUGUCCACUAGUAUGUAAUAUGUAGUAUCUUUAGUCUGGGUAUUCAGUUCCUUUGCUCAUAUCAAUCCUAUUUUUUCCCUUAUUAUUGUAUUUAGUAUGACUUUUGUUGGGAAUGAUCCUGGAUUUGAGCAAUCAACAUCUUCAAGACAAAUACCAUCAUAAAACAUUUUUAAAGUAAUAUGAGAUGCUGUUUCCUGAAAACCACCCAGCCAUAAUGCCAUUAUGAAAUGGCUGGAGAAGUCCUUUCUCCAGAGCUUCAGAAAGAUGUGUUUCACAAGUGAAUUAGGAAACAGAUUUGUAGAUGUAUGCCUUCAAGUUGCCUGUCAAUUUAUAGCAGCCCCAUGAUUUCAUAGGGUUUCUGAAGGCAAGGAAUUUUGCCAGUUCCUUCCACUGAAAUAUAACCUAAAAGACCUGGUAUUUGUUGGUAGUCUUCCAUCCAAUUACUAACUAAGACUGACUCUGCUUAGCUUCCAAGAUCAGGUGGAAUAUGGUGUCUUAGUAUUUAGGUAUUGCAAGCUUACCAGAUUGAAGACACCACCCAGUUUCAAAGUAUUAGGAAGGGCCUAUGUAGUGCAACUUGAAGUUAUGUUCUUAUACCAUUGUUCUGUUGUAGCACAGUGGCAUGAUAUAAUGAGCAAUAGAGACAUGACCUUAUAGUUCCUGAGAGUUAGCUGUGAACAGCAGCUCAUAUUUUCAUAUAUUGUCUCCCUUUCAAAAUCUGUGUGCGCAUACACACACACACACACAAACACACACACAUGCCUUUUUAAAUUCCAACUUACAUGUGACAAUAACCAGCCCCACAUUUGUUACAAUAACGACUCUCAUUAGAACACUGGUUCCAAUCAUGGAGCGGGAAGGUGGGAGGGUUUAUUUCAUGCUGGUGAUUUCAUCUGGAGUGAUGUCACUGUUUAGGAAAAACACUGAACUCCCAUGAAACAGUUCAGCAUUGAAUUCCUUGACCUUCUAAAUCUUUAGAUUUAAAGAGACAAAGCAUUCUAUCAAGUACAUCUAAUCCUGUAUAUUUUCCAUAGAGGCAAAGGAUGACUAAGGGUAUAUCUGCACCAUAAAAUGAAUGAAGUUUGACCGCUUCAACUGCCAGAGCUCAAUGUUAUGGAAUCAUGGGAGUUGUAGUUCUACAAGGUUUCAGCUUUCGGAAGGCGAGUGUCUUGCCAAACCACAACUCCCUUGAUUCCAUAGCAUUGAGCCACAGCAAUAAGAUGCACAGCAAUAAGAUCAUACAAAGGCAUAGAAAACAUCACUGAGAUGUGUGCUCAUAGCAUAUGGAGAGAUCUGGAGGAAAGUAUGGGCACUUUGCCAAGGCAACAUUCUAUCUUUCUGUUUUUGGUGUAUUAGUUGCACACAUGUCAGCAUGGGUAAUAGCAGCUCCCAAUAGACUAGGAAAUUUCAGUAACAAGCAUGUCCAGGCUCACAAAGCCAGAAAAUGGGGAAACAUCUUCUGAUUCUUAAGGCCAUUGGUCCUUUUAGCUCGAUAUUAUCUCAGUGUGAAAAGUGUAACUACAUGUGCUGCCACCCCCAAACAGGUUACAUCCCCAGUGCACUCAUUUGUCACCACUGCUAAAAAUCAGUGGAGAGUCCCCCCAGAAGCACUGAUUCAGGUCUUUGCUCCUACCAUGAGUUGACUGGGAACAAAGGCAGUAAAAAAGGCAGUAAAGUUUUGCUUCUCGAUUUGAAGUUACAAAGCAUCUCAUCUGCAAAUUGUGUUUACCUCAGUAUAGUAUGAGACCCCAAUCUGCUAUGCCAGAACAGUGGGAUCAAUCUGUGAGCUGAAGCCUCCUCCUUUCUGCCACUGAUUUGAGAUGAGAGACAAAGAACAUGCAGCCACUGGAUUAAAAGGACUGCAUGACAUUCCAAAGCUUCAUAUUACCCUGCAGAUCUAUUAACCUGUCAAAACAAAACACCCCAGAGGGGCUUCCCUUGCCCCUGCUGGCUGCCGGUUCAUGGUGGACAGUUCUGGAAUAGCAGCAGGGGAGAGGUGUUGGCAAGAAAAAAGGGAAUGUUGUCUCUUUAAGCAGCUGAGCAAACCAUAUGCCAGUAGUGUAGCCCUUGAGUUAAACUGCAUGUCUGUGUGCUGAGUAAGGAAUGCGGUUGCAUGCCUGACCCGUUAGCUAUGACUGCUCCUUGGUAGAUCAGCACGGCUGUUGCUCAUGUGCUGAGCUCAUUCAGGCUCACUUGAGUUGGCGCUGCGCAUCAGGGAAUGAAGAGAGGAGGAGAAUAAUCCGGCUGAGAAGAAGCAGGAAUAUUUCUGUCCCAUUCCCUCCCCCGUUCCCUCCCCUUUUCAUUUCUCCUAAAAGCUGGAUCUCAGGGUGUCUCCAGCUCUCCCCUUCUCCCCCCUUUUUUUUUUUUGGAAAGAGGAGGCUCCCUCCCAUCUCCGCCAGCUGUUGUUUUCGGAGGGCAGGAGGUAGCUCUUGGAGAGACACAACCCAGCUGCCUGGAUGCCUUUGGAUAUUAUGAUUGCUCCCUCUGAGGACCAGUUCUGGCCAGACACUCACAAGGGACAGAUGAAGCUGAAAAUCAGGGUGAGACGGAUGAAGGAGAGCAGGGACAUGAGAGGGGGGUUUGCCGCCUUCUCAUCUUGCUUCCCAGAACUGUGUGAAGGGAAGCCCGCUGCAAUCCUGCCAAUGAGUAUCUCCCAGCCAUGCAUGCCAGUGGCCAAUGUUGGCCCAACACGCAUCUUGCCUCACCUCUAUCUCGGAUCCCAGAAAGACGUCUUAAAUAAGGACCUGAUGACCCAGAAUGGGAUAAGCUAUGUCCUCAAUGCCAGCAAUUCCUGUCCCAAGCCAGAUUUCAUCUGUGACAGUCACUUCAUGCGCAUUCCGGUUAAUGACAAUUACUGUGAGAAGCUUCUUCCCUGGUUGGACAAAUCCAUUGAGUUCAUUGACAAGGCUAAGGUAUCUAGCUGCCAGGUGAUUGUGCACUGCUUGGCAGGAAUCUCCCGGUCAGCCACCAUUGCCAUUGCAUACAUUAUGAAGACUAUGGGCAUGUCUUCAGAUGAUGCCUACAGGUUUGUCAAAGACCGGCGGCCUUCCAUAUCCCCCAACUUCAACUUCCUGGGUCAGCUCCUAGAGUAUGAGAGAAGCUUGAAGCUGCUGAAGGCUUUAAAGACACAAGGGGAGAAGAGUGAGGGAGAAUGCCACCAAGAUCACUCUGAAGCACAUGAUAGCAACUGGCAGCAGACUCUGUCUACCUCAGAAAAGGCUGAGGAGCUAUUCAAAUCCACAACCUUGGAAAUGUCCUCAAUUGACUCUGAGAGGCCAUCAGGAAUUCCCAAGGUUUUCUCACCAAUGACACUACAACAAGGACUGAAUGGGUUGCACUUAUCUUCAGAGCGCAUCCAAGACACAAACCGGCUGAAACGUUCCUUCUCCCUAGACAUCAAGUCUGCCUAUUCCCCUACGCAGAGGCAGGUGACUCCAGGUCCUACAGAAGCAGGAGAAACACCCAAGCUCUGUAAGCUGGACAGCCCUUCAAGUCCCAAUGGCACAUGCCAGUUCUCUCCUCUCCCUGAUAGCCCUGACUGGCCCAGUGGGCCCGACUUCCUUUUAGAAGCCAAAGUACGGCAGAGACGAAAGCACAGGCACCAAGCAGGCUCCCCCGCCCAUGGGCUGAGCCUUAAUUUCAGCGGGGUGUGUUCCAUGCAUAAAAGCAGCAGCGUGGAGGACAGUCUUAAGCAGACACUUCGGCUGAGCCUUCCCAGUGGAGGUCAGCAGCUGGCACAGCCAACAUCCACUCCAACCUCUGCUGGCACUUGGGGGCUGCACUUGGAAUCCCCUAGCACGCCUUCAUCAGAGAACCCCUGGUACUUCAGCACAGACCCAGCAGUGGGGGGCGGCAAAGGCAGUGGGAGCGGGACUCUAUUUGCCAACGCCACCACCUACACUUCAUUCAGCUGCAGCACAAUCCAGGCAAGCUGUGAGAUCAGACUGAGGGAGAAGCAGCGUGGGGAGCAGCGGGACGUGCGGCAUAGCUGGCACGAGGACACCACCACUGAGAAGCAGUUCAAGCGAAGGAGCUGCCAGAUGGAAUUCGAGGAGACCUUAUCUGAGAGCAGGUCUCGGGAAGACCUGGGCAAAAUCAGCAAACAGUCUAGCUUUUCAGGCAGCAUGGAAAUCAUAGAAGUGUCCUGACAUUCACCUUGUGAGAUCUGAGAGCAAGCGUGUGUGCAUCGGUGUGCGGGUGGGUGGGUAGGUAGGGGAAUCCCUGUGAGAUAUUUAACUGGGGAGAUGAAGGGCAUGGGAGGGGUGGGAGUGUUAUUUAUAUGCCUGUGUGUGUUUCCAAAAGGCACACAUGCUCAGACGAAGAAGGCGGCAAAGAUAAAUGAAUCCAAAGUCAAGAAACAGAACGGUGCAUGCUUAGUGACUCCUUUUGGUCCUUCCUCCACCACCAAGGUGAACCAUAGCCACAUUCCCUUCUUUGGCAGGUGGAGUGUGUUAACUCUUUAAAACCUGGAUUCUUUUCCUUUCGCAUGUAGACAGUGCUUCCUUCUCCCCAGGGGAAAUGGGAGAGCUGAGAUGUAGCUUCAAAGAUGGGGUAAAGAAACCUGGGGCAGGGAGUUACCUUUGUGUAAGACAUCCACCAAUUUAAAGUCUUUCCAGGGGAUAAUUAUUAUUGUUUGAUCAGCAGAUUUGCAUGGGGAAAGUUAAAGGGAAGCAGGUUCUUUUCUUUUGAGGGUGCAUUAGCAAUUGUUAAUAAUCCGUUCCUAUCUGACCUGUAGGAAAUGAUGUAAAACGACCCAUCCACUCCCUCUGCAGGAAGGGAGUUCCCUCCCAUUCCCAUCAGGGCUUGACAUUUAUGUACUGAUGACUGCUUUCCAGAUUGGGGUACAAAAGUGAAAAGGCUAAUUUUCAAUGGCUUUUUUUCUGUAUCCUCCCUUCCCAUACUGAGCAUGCUCCUCUGUGUUUCUCUGGCUAAUAUUCUUUAAUGCUGCACAAGAGCAGCCUUAUACAUAUAUAAAUAUAUAUUAUAUAUAAUAUAAAAGAGAGAAAGAGAGAGAAACACAAAGAAAAGACAUUAAAUGGUUUUACUACAGUUUUUAUUGAGACAAAUAAUAUUUCAACUUUUCUUUUUAAUUUAUUUGAAGUUGUUCAUUCUGGCAAUGAUUUUCAGACAAUGUUGGGGCGGUACUUCCAGCUCUGUUUUUACUGUGUAUACUAUUUAAAUCUGAAACAUGAGUUUCAAAGCAAUAUCCUAGGCCUGUGGCUCCUUCUGUAGCUCACGUCAGUGACACAGACACCCCCAAAAGUGGGUUAAGAAAUGUCUGUGUGGGAGAGUAGGCGUGUGGGUGUGUGCAGCUGCAUGUGUGUGCACUUUUAUUUUUAAAAAGAUGACAAAAAUCUUGAAGACAAACUGAGCCAGGAAUUCUUCUUAAUGCUUCUUCCUACUUCAGUUGCAUCUGCAAUCAAAGCCAUAAAAUCUUCCCCUUCUUGUGUCAAGGGAAGGGGAUUGGGUUAGCGUGGUAAGGGCAGGCACUUGUAUCACUAUGAAAAAAAGAGCCCUAGAGUAAGGAUGGGUCAGUGGGAUCAUUACAAGUAUUUCAACAAAGCUUUUUUAUUUCUAAUUCCUCUCUACAGAUAGGGCAUGUUAGACCUGGGGUGGUAUUCCCAUAGAAUAAGUCCCUUUCCAAUAGCUCAGGGUAUCUCCCAAAUUAAUUAUGGGCGACAAACAGGCCAUUCUGUGCCCAUACCGAUGGGGUAGGCUACUUUGAAUAGCUGUUCAGAUACUGUUCCUACUAAAUCCAGGCUUUAUGGAAAGGGUUAGACUUGGGAGAAAAUCUUGAGUUGUGUUGUUUUGGUACUAUAGUAAAAAUUGUUUUAAGGUUCUUAGGCCCUAGGUAGUGAUCCUGCUGUAAAGCAGAGUCAACGUACAACUGAAAGAGCAAAUUUCUACACUGUAUACAUGCUUACCAUCUACCAAAGGAGUCCCUGCAACACAGGGAUUUUCCAGUGAAUGCAAAUCAGCCAAUGAAGUAGCAGUCCAAAGACAAAGCUGAACCAGUGAAUGGCCAAACUCAAAUAACCCUUGGAGAAAGGAAAUUCUAGAGAGGGACAGAUGAUUUCAGCAAAAAUUGAAAGGAUUUGCUGGUCCAUUCCCAUCUUCCACUUCAGCAACCCAUCUUCCAGCCCUCUUGUGUUUGACUAAGAAGAUUACUGUGGUUAUAAAGCUUAUUACAAAUCUUUCAAAAGCUGUUGAUUGGCUGGGAUGUUAUCCACAAGAGAAAUUUAAUUCUAAUCUGAAUACAUCACUGAAUACGAGAAUGUUUGGAUUAGAGAAAUUAUCCUUCUCCAAAAUUUCUUUUGUUUUUCAAAAAUGACGAAAAUGUUAAUUUAAGUUGAACACCAAAAGAUAAAGAUGAAGAAGUGUCAGUUUAAGACAUUUUGAUAACAGAAGUAGAUAAUCUUAACAGAUUAUCUGUGUCCGCUGUCAAAAUGUUGUGCAUUGGAUUUUUAUUCACCCAACUCCUUUUCCAGUAGCAAAAAUACAAUAACUUAACCUAGUCAUACUUUGCAAGUGGAGAUCUGUUGUCUAAAGUGACUGCUUCCCUUUGCUUUCUAGUAGGGCUGGUCUUGGAUGAUGAAAGAGCUGGAACCAGUUUCCACUAAUUGUACUAAGGACUGAUUCAAACAUUAUAGCCCUUCACAAUCCCAAAUUGAUGGGGAAAUGGUUACCAGUCCCCAUUCUCCUCAAGGGUGGCAAGAUUUGCAAAACACUGGUGAUACAGAUGAAGGCUCCAAUAAUGUGGAGAGCAUCCAUUCCAGCAAGUCUAACUCCUGCUGAUGUGGAGAUCCUCUGCUGAGUCGGGGCUGCAUUGUAUGGGAAGGAGGCAAGGUAUACAAUACAGGUUGUACACAGGACUGCUGCACAAGAUAUUUUUCAGUAUGCUCUACUUGGGGUCCAUAUUGUUUACAUUGGCCAUCACUGGUACCAAAUGGAAUUCUAGAGCAGAAGAAUGAACAAGCAUGUCAGAACAGUGUUGGCAAUUCGGUGAAUACCAUUAAGACGGUAUAGGAAAGGGUGACAUGCCUUUUAAUUGCUGACUGCACUACACUUCUUCCCUUACAGGGAGCAGCACAGACAUGAGCUCAAGAGCUCCUGACACAGGGACACCAUAAUGCUGCUUCAUCCUUUUGGGACAAAGGCACAGAGCUGUCGCUCUUAAAGCUGAAAGCACUCUCUUUUCCCCCAUGUAACUGAUUUUACAUCCGCUCCUUUUCUAUCACAUGCUGGUUUUUUGAGCUAAUACCUCAGGGUUAUUUGUGUAGCUUUUAAAAGAAAAAAAAUAGUCAAGAUUCUUUAUGUUCAUUUCUCUUCUGCAUUUAUUUUCUUGUUGAAUGGUAAUUUUUUAAAAGCAUUGACUAUAGAGUCGUACACAAGACAAAAAUAAUAAUCUCAGGUUCAAAUCUUGCAAACAGUUACAAACCGCAGGGAGCAGCAAUAACAUGGGGGGUUUUUUUGCAUCAGGUUGUCUGUUUCCUGGCAGUAUAAAUAGCUGCCUGUACAGAAGGCAGAGAUUUUGUUAUACUUAUUUUGCCAUGAUAUGUUUGAAUUAGAUGCUGCAAGCUCAGAAGUGAUCCUGCUGACCUGUAUAGUAUUUUGGGAGCAGUGUGGCAGAGGACAGUGAGGUCAUGGCAUAGGAGAGGAUAUAUUUUGGUGCAUAUAUUGAGUUUGACCAAUUUUUUGUUAACAUCUUUGCAAGUAAGGUCACACCUCCUACAACUGCUUAUUAUAUUUGGCAUUUGGCUGAAAGUUCAGAAUCCAUCUUUCACCUGUAACCAUGUAUCUGAAAUGUGGUUAAAGUGCCCCUCUUUAGCAACUUACUAAUGCACAUUGCUUUAAGUUACAAAAAUAGUUCCAAAUGACUUUGUUAGUACUUCAUAUUACAGAUUUUUAAAAAAUAACUUCCCUUUCUCAUAUUUUCUGGUACUGCAACCUAUUAGCCUGUGGCACAAAGGGAUUCAAGAUGCCAUUGUGUUCCAAAGUAGGUACACAAGGCCAUCUUGAAUCCCAUUUUGAAUUUCGAAACCAUCUUGAAACUCAUCUUGAGAAAACAAUGGGAUAUAUAUCCAAUAAAAAGGCAUAGCCUGACCCAGCACUUGAACAGGUGAUAUUUUUCAUCUUUCAUUAAAUGAGGCCAUGCCUUGUAACUACAUUAAUAACUGAAUACCAGUAGUUGUAGUAAUUUUACAUAAGGAGUAAUGUUGCUUUGGUAACAUAGGAGCAUCUUUGUUAUAAGAAAAGGAGCUGCUUACAAGUCAUUGGUUGUAUGUAGCUUGCUAUUUCCAAGUUCUCUAACAAAUAUUAAAUUAUGAUAAUAUGCCCUCGAUUCCUCCACUCCUUUAUUGAGAAGUAGAAUACACCCAUUCCUUUCUGACAUAUACUAAUCCAAAUUCAUGUGUUGCUGACCAAUAAUCUUUUAGAUAGUAGAAUCAGAGCUACCAUAACCCUGUGCAUCCUAAAUUACUUCUUCAUGAUUUCCACCCUCCUUCCAUGGAGCUUACAUGCAAACUAUUCCUUUUUAUUAUUAUAAAACCCUUGAGAGUUAAGGGGUUAUCUGAAGCUCUUUGGGAUUGAACACAUUUUCAUUUCAUAACCUAAUCUUCAAAUCCCAGCGACCACUUACAGCCCACCCAGAUAUAAGGUUGCUAUGAUGUGACUAAUCCUGAAAUAUGUAACUCAAAAGGCAAACUGAUGGGGCUUAAACUUGCUCUAGAACCCAAAUACAUGAUAGACAGGGCCGUAGCCAGAAAAAAAAUUCAGGAGGGGUUUUGAAAAUUUCGGGGGGGGGGGGGUUGAACCCUUAACACACACACACACCCCUUGCUACAGGCCUGAUGAUAGAGAUUGUUCUGAACUCUAAAACACAAGUUAAGCUCUUAAACACCCAAUUUCCUGCUGUAAGACACAUUUAAUAGAAGCAAAACUAUUGUCAAAGAAAAGUAAGGUGUCUCCCCCUAAAACACUACAAGAUAGAAAUUGGGUUUCAGCUUCAACUGACAAACAAUGUAUGCUUCAAGAAACUGAACAAUAUAGCUGUUUCACAGAAAUCAAACUACUGAUUUUCAAGAGAGAUACACACACAAAACUAAUUCCAAGGCAAAACACAAGUGUGCACAUGCAAAACCCAAGCAAAGGUAUAAGGCACCAAUCCCCUCUCCAAAAGAAGCAAAUACACACAGAUCACAGCACUCACUUUGCCAUCCCAUCUAGCAUUCAAGAUGCUCCCCAUCAUUUUAAUUUUGCUGGGUUUUUAAAAAGGUACCUACACUUACAAAUGAAAUACUCUAAUUUCUAAACGUAUAAGGCCCUAAAGCACACAUGUCAAAUGCAAAACACAUGGGCCAAAUAUAUCCCACCACAUCAUUUUAUGUGAUCUGCAAGGCUUUCAAUGUGAGCGCAACAUAAUUACAUUUAUACCGGCUUACAAUUACACCUGGCUCAUUGAAGGCAACCAUCAGGCUGAUAUGACACUUGGUGGAAAUUAGUUAGACAGCCCUGCCCUAAAAGAGAAACAAAGGUGUUUCUGGAAGCCUGCACUUAACUUUGCAGUAUGCCAGCUUUUCAAUUUUUUAAAAUUAAAUCUUCAAAUGAAAUAAUUUAGAAGGAGCAGGGAGACUGAAGGGUAGCAAGAAUUUGCCUGCUGGCACAGUGUUGCCUAUGCGUGGCGCACUAUUGGAAAACCCAAGACCUGAAAAAUCCUACCUCAUUUCAAUGGCAGCUCUAUCUUGGCCAUGACAGUGGAUACUAUUAUCGUGAUCCUAAAUUUCUGCAGAUGCUUGGGAUGCUAUUGUGAUAUCACUUCAGUGUGAGCCUGACUCACCCUAAUCCUCAUUUAUAAAGCUCAUUUUAUACUGUAAACUGGGAUAGUAUGAUUUUGAUAUCUAUUUUGUUACAAAGAAUAGCAGCUUGUACUCUGAUAACAAUGCUGAAGGCCUCUGAAAUCUGUUCCAUGCUAACAUGCAUAGUGGAUAGGGUCUGAUACAGCCAAUACCCAAAUGUCAUGACCACAAGCUUAGCAAUUAUAUAAAACUGGUACAAUAUAUCAAAUCAGACAAAAUCUUGCUCUUUUUGGAGCCUUGACAUGUGCUUCAGUCUCUGUCCUUAAGCCUCAAAUAGUUUCUCAGUGGAAGGAUAGUUCAAAUGCUUGCUUGCUUUGAAAAGCUGCCAUCUGCUGUCACCUUGCAGAACUCGCUCCUCCCAAAAUGGAAAGAGAAACAAAAGGUGUGGAUAUCUGCAGUCUAAUUCUCUAAGGUACAAAAUUGCUGCUAGUUUUCUAUAGCAGGAAAUACAAAACCCAAGUUAACCCAAGAGCUAAGCUGAAAAGUCUAAUUGCAUCCCCUUUCUAAUUUUAGGAAAAUCAGAAGGGGGUGCAAGAUAAAAUGGACAGAAAAAUGGGAAUUUAUUUAGAAGAGAGCGGUUGAUAUCAAGACAUACAAGGGAGUGAGUAGAAAAGUCUUUGUAUUUGAAGAUCAAAUUUGUAUUCCCCUUUGCCCCUCAAACAACACUUCUACUUGAACAGAAAACUUCUCACCUGAAUCAGGCAGUCUUGCCAUUUUGGAACUACCUUGCAAGGCAAAAUCUCCUGUGCACUUCUAAUGAAAACAAUAGAAAUAUCCCCCCAAGCUUGUCUUGCUAGACUCAACAGCCAUCCCUAUCUAGUCUUCUGUGAGAUGAAAAUGAAGCCCUUGUUGAUUUAGUACAGGUUUUUUUCUGGGAAAUAGCAGCAGCAUUGUAACUUGUUAUUUUAGACCUAAUUGAUGAAUAAAUAAAUGCCAAGGGAUCAUAACAUUCAGUUGUAAUAAGAUGUCCAUUCUUUGUCUACCCCAUUGUCUAAAGUAGAUUUUUUUUCUGACUCAGUAGCAUCUUGAAUGAGAACCAAAGUACCAUGUAUGGACUCAUAUGGCGAGGGGAGGCAUUGCCUACUAGACUCCGCUAGUUGACAAUCAGAAUAAAAAGGGGAAUAAUUUGCAUCAUGGACAACACCUGUCUCACAGCAAAACAGAGAUCAAGUCUUUGAGAUUUGAUUAUUGCUAAGGGCAAUAACAAGGCCUUAAUAUUGCAACCUGGCCUCAAUUGGAAUACCAAUGAUAAUAUUCUCAAAUCUUUCUUUUAAAUGUUUACUCAUGAAGCUAAGUUCCAUGUAGGGCUGGAUGCUUGCGAGACAAUGCGGCAUAUGGUGUCGGCAAUGCAAAUCUUGAAAUGUAAGUCCAAGGUCAGCUUUAGCAUGAAGCAGCUUACUUUGGGUGGCAGAUUGAUUCUGGAGAAAUGCCAUUUUCCUGCCUCUAACACUUUGAAUUAGACAGAAAUGCCACUUAGACAUUAUUUCAUGAGUAAAACUAUUCAAGGGUGUUACCACCCUUGUCUUAGAUGGUGAAUUUCUAGCUUGCAGCAUCUUCUCCUUAUAACAAAAAAAAUGUUUUUCCUUCAGGUCUGUGCUGUGUUUCUUUGCCCUUCUGACUGUUCCCCUCAUGCGUGCUCUCUGGUUUUAUUUAUUAUUUCUUUCCUUUUUGUUUCUUCCGGUAGCCCAUGUGUUCUUGUUCUGUUUUCUGUACUGGACACCAUCCCUUUACAAGGAGAUCUUUCCGGCCUUCCUCCUGAUCCUAAUGCUAACGAUAAUAAGCUAUCAACGUCGUAAUUGCAAUGUAUGAUUAUAGAUUCAAGUAUUUAUUAUAUUAUUAUUAUGUAAUUUUGCUUAUAUGUAUGUUGAUCUUUGUUUCUCUGUUGUGGGUAUAUGUGGGCCUGUCCCAUCACCACCUUCCCUGGCUUCAGGCACUGGUUAAAGUAGGUCAGUACUGUGGCAUGUACGGUCAUUGCAUGUCUUCAGCAGGAGGAGGUGGAAUUGAGCUUAUGUUUAGGGAGCUGUGGAUUCUUCAAAGCUUUGCCAUAAAAAGAAACUUUCCCUAAACCACAAUGCACAGUGAAAGGUCUGUAAUGAUUUCACACAAUUAAGUACAGUAUGGCCCCCAAAUCUGUGGGGGAUACAUUCCUAGAUUUCACAUGGAUACAUGAAAAUGCAGAUAAUAGUGAACUCUAUUGAAAUGAAGAACUUCUGGCCCAAGAAUACUAUAGAGUCAAUCUGGAGAACCUAGAAAAUACCUAUAAAGGACAUUUUGUCAGAUGUGGAUAAAUGAAAGCAGGAAUACUAGUCCCACUGAUGUGAGGGUCAUACUGUACUACUUCAUGAGAAAGAGAUGCAAGGUGUUAGCAAGCUUCCUUCUUUCUAAAGCUGCUGAUCCCAGUCCUGGAUCCCCAGUGCUGUUAGACUUUGGGCUUAGAAACCCCAUCCAGUAUAUUCAAUGAUCAGAGAUUAUGACAAUUCUAGUCCUGCAACACUGAAGGGCCCAAAAAUUGGGAACACUCAACUCUUUAUUUGAAAUAAAGGGCUUUUUCACACAGGAAAAUCGUAAAAACUUGCUAAUUACAAUGAAGUGUUUCUAGGUAUACAUGCCAAGGAUUAUAGCUCUCUUAAUGCUAAAAGUUCCACUUUUUCUAUAUGGGCUAUGGUAAUGGACAAUUCUGGCUGUAAAUCAGAAGAAAUUGAGGCCUGUUGAUGCUUGGAAAGGAUUUUCCAUUUUCAUCUUACAUCCCAAAUUCAUUACAGACCUUUAGGAGAUAGAAUUUGAUCCUUGUGUGUUUCAGUAUCAUCUGGUGACUAGUAUCCCAGUGGAAAUUAGUAUGUUUCCCCUUCUCAGGAAUUGGAGGGGGAAUCAGUAUUACAGAAAACAACGAUCUGUUUUUCUCCUGUAAUAACUUUCUUGCCACAGUACUUUCCUAGCAAAUCAGUUUAGAACACUCAUCAUGUAAAGGGGCUUUUUGCAACAAAAAACCAGGUAAGCUGGGGAAGGAAAUGCAGAAUGAAGUCUUUUCAUUGUAGUGUGUUGCAUUUAUUUAUUGUUGCUCAGAAUACUUUUGGGAAGUGGAGAAACUGAGUUGAACUAGUCUUCUCAGGAGGUACAUCUACGUAGAAUCCCAUUUGAUCUCUCUGUAACUCCACAUUUCUGUUCCAGACGUUCUCCUACUUUCCAAACAUUCAUUGACAAACACUAAUGCAGGGUGUUUGAGAUGUUUAGCCCUUAAUACAAAUGCAGAACAAGUAUGAAUCUGCAAAAAUAUGCAACAGGUGAACAAGAUUUUCUCUGGCUGUGGAGUUCAUUAGCAAGAAUUAUUUAUGAAAUGGGAGUUGAAUGUCAACAUCUGUUUGUUCUGGGAAUGGAUUUUGAGUAGUGUCUGGGGUGGGCUACAGGUCGGGUGGGGUGGGUGAGGGAUGAACAUCUUGCAUUCAGUCUGUGAGUGUGUUCCCUUCCUUCUCUCAUGAGUCAUGGUAACCAAAAUGCAUCCCCUUCUGCCUGCUAAAGGAAUGCUGACAUUGGAUGUUGCCUGGCAGGAUGGAGUGGUACACUCUGCCCUUGCUUUGACUUUAUUUAUUUAUUACUGGAGGCUGUAAACAGCAGUGCUUUUUUACCCUCUCUUUCUUUUCCUUUCUUUUGUAUUUGGGAACAAUGUGUUGUAAUAAAUUCCUAAUAGAUGUUUUAACAA